AUGGAGCUGAGGAGGGGUCCCAGCCCCUCCAGGGGCAGCAGGAGCCACGAGGCAGACGGGGAGAAGGCGGCAUGCCACAGCUGCUGCAUCUGUGGCAAGAGCUUCCCUUUCCAGAGCUCGCUGUCGCAGCACAUGCGUAAGCACACUGGGGAGAAGCCCUACAAGUGUCCUUACUGUGACCACAGGGCUUCCCAGAAGGGCAACCUGAAGAUUCACAUCCGGAGCCACCGCACGGGGACCCUGAUUCAGGGGCACGAGUCGGAGGUGGGCGAGGCGCAGCUGGGUGAGAUGCGCGUGUCCGAGGGCCUGGACGGCUGCACCAGCCCCACCAAGAGCACAUCGGCCUGCAACAGAAUCCUGAACGGGGCCACGCAGGCGGACAGCGGAAAGAUCCUGCUGAGGAGCAGCAAGAAGGAUGCGGAGGGCGGCGCGGAAGAAGCCAGGGUGCAGUGCGCCUUCUGCAGGAGCAGGUUCGAGCGGAAGAAGGACCUGGAGCUGCACGUGCACCAGGCCCACAAGCCGUUCAAGUGCAGGCUGUGCAGCUACGUGACCCUGCGCGAGGAGUCGCUGCUGAGCCACGUCGAGAGGGACCACAUCACUGCGCAGGUGCCCCAUGGCGGUGAGGCGUGCGUGGAGAACGGCAAACCCGAGCUGAGCCCCGGCGAGUUCCCGUGCGAGGUGUGCGGCCAGGCUUUCAGCCAGACUUGGUUCCUCAAGGCGCACAUGAAGAAGCACCGGGGCUCCUUCGACCACGGCUGCCACAUCUGUGGCCGCCGCUUCAAGGAGCCAUGGUUCCUCAAGAACCACAUGAAGGCGCAUGGCCCCCGGGCGGGGAGCAAGAACAGGCCGCGGAGUGAGCUGGACCCCAUUGCCACAAUCAACAACGUGGUGCAGGAGGAGGUCAUUGUCGCUGGCCUGUCGCUCUACGAGGUCUGUACCAAGUGCGGGAACCUGUUUACAAACCUGGACAGCUUGAACGCCCACAAUGCCAUCCACCGCCAGGUCGAGGCGGGCCGCACGCGAGCCCCGGCCGACGAGGGGGUGGCCGCCGUCCCCGCGGACACCAAGCAGCUCUUCCUACACUGCGCCGCUGCCGACUCCCCAGGCUCUGGCCUGGCCGACGAGGCCGCCGAGGACAGCAGCGAGGAGGCCGCCCCGGAAACUGCACCAGGGGGAAAGCCACGCCGCUGCUGCUUUUCUGAAGAGGUGGUACCAACUGUGCUCUCUAACGGAGACCAAAGUCACAAACUUGGAAAUAACCCAUCAGAAAAAGACACCAACGAGUCCAAAGCAGGUAUCGCAACUUCUGUGUCCAUACUUGAAAACAAUAGCAGAGAGACUUCCAGAAGACCAGAACAACACAGAUUUUCUGUCGACUUAAAGAUGCCAGCAUUUCACCCCAAGCAGGAGGUGCUGGGUUCUGGGGACGCUGUGGAUUUCCCCUCAAGUACGGAAGGGGCAGACUCGCAGCUCUCCUUGGAGAGCCAGGCCAGUCACCCUAGAGAAAAGCUGUCCGAUUUGCACAAUAAAGAGCAUUCUGGGGGAGGAAAAAAGGCGCUGGCCCCAGACCUGAUCCCGCUGGACUUAAGUGCGCGGUCGACUCGGGAUGACCUCAGCAAUAAGGAAGUGGCCUCCUCCCUGCAAGCCGCUCUGGUCAUUCACCCGUGUCCUUACUGUAACCACAAGACUUACUACCCUGAGGUCUUGUGGAUGCACAAGCGCGUCUGGCACAGGGUCAGCUGCAGCACCACGGCUCCCCAGUGGAUUCAGCCCAACGGUUACAAAAGCAUAAGAAACAACUUGGUGUUCCUGGCUCGGAGUGGACGCACGGGUCCCCCACCUGCCCUUGGAGGCAAGGAAUGCCAGCCUCUGCUCCUGGCUCGAUUCACUCGCACUCAGGUGCCAGGUGGGGCACCAGGACCCAAGAGCAGCCCUUCCCCCCUGGGAGUGACCACGAAAGCCGCUAGCAUGCCUAAGAAUAAGGAGAGCCAUUCCGGGGGGCCCUGUGCACUGUGGGCAGCCGGCCCAGAUGGGUACCGGCAGGCCAAGCCCAGCCACGGCCAGGAGCAGUGCGGGGCCACGACUCAGGGGCAUGCGCCGAAACCCAAGCUGGAGGCCAGCUCCAAACCCCCGCCCACCCCUGGGGGUGGCGGGGGCUUCAGCAGAAGUGCCACCCCCACUCCCACUGUCAUAACGCGAGCAGGCGCCCAUCCCUCUGCCAAUAGCAAGCCCGUGGAGAAGUAUGGGGUCCCCCCAGCAGGGGCUGGCUUUGCCCCCCCCAAUAAGCACAGUGCCCCGGACUCCUUGAAAGCCAAAAUCAGCGCUCAGCCUCAGGGUCAGCCUCCCGUGAAAGGCGAAGGGGGCCCUCCUCUCCCUCCUCGCGAGCCCCCCUCGAAAGCGGCCCAGGAGCUGAGGACGCUCGCUGCCUGUGCUGCGGGUCCCCGAGGGGACACAGCCUUGCAGGCCCAGCCGGGUGCAGCUGGGGCGCCCCCUGUCCUGCACUCCAUCAAGCAGGAGCCGGCAGCCGAGGGGCACGAGAAGCGCUUGGACAUCCUCGACAUCUUCAAGACAUACAUUCCAAAGGACUUUGCCACUCUCUACCAGGGCUGGGGCGUCAGUGGCCCUGGGCUGGAGCACAGAGGGGAGAGACCAUUCUAACACAGGUACCGUCCAGACAGUGCCUCUCAGAAAGGGAACCUAAAGGCAUGUUUCCAGCGCAUCCUGGCUACCCCGUAACGGCCAUCAGCAGUCCCUUCCCAAUGUUCCAGCAGCCUCCCAACAGCGACUACGGCCACCUGGUGGAAGAGCAGCUGGAGAACUCCCAACCAGACACCUCAAAUCCUGGAGCCGCUGUGCUGGAGUGGAUACAUGGGAGAUGCCUCUCCUUGUUAAGCAUUGAAAAAUAAAUUAAGAUGCUAUGCUCUAGAAUUACAUGUAGAUAUUAUAUAUGCAUAUAUGUGCUCAUCGACCAUAGUCCCAUAUUUUCUUAUAAUAAACAGUGGUACCGGCAGGCACAGUAGGAGCACAAGGCAUCUGUAUUAUUCAAGACAAGUUUGAGACACUGGAAAAAGAGAUACUUCUUGUGUGUGUUGGACAGAGCGGAGCAGCUGAGCACUGUAAUAGGCCUCUGCAUGCUCAGAAGGACUGUCGUGGUGAUGUCGGAACAGACGGUGGAUUUGAGGUUGAUAAAGUAUUAAUACUA